CUCUGACAUCCCUCUGGUCACCAGCCCUCGGCUACCCUUGACCCUGGCAGCACCUUCAAAGGGAGCAUGGUCCUGCUGCGGAGCCUGCAAUGUUUGCUCACCUCUCGGGCAAGCAGCUACCGCCUCCCUGCCCUGGGGGGUUUCGUCAGCCUCCCGCAGCACUCCAGGGGAGAUCGGUCAGCCGCUGCUGCUUGCACAAGGAACCCCUUUGCCCGGUCUGCAGCCAUGGCCACCUCGGCGAGCUCCCACCUGAGCAAAGCUAUCAAGCACAUGUACAUGAAGCUGCCGCAGGGUGAGAAGGUCCAAGCCAUGUACAUCUGGAUCGAUGGGACAGGGGAGCACCUCCGCUGCAAAACCCGCACUCUGGACCAUGAGCCCAAGAGCAUCGAAGAUCUCCCCGAGUGGAAUUUCGACGGCUCCAGCACUUACCAGUCCGAAGGCUCCAACAGUGACAUGUACCUGCGACCUGCUGCCAUGUUUCGAGACCCCUUUCGCAAGGAUCCCAACAAACUCGUUCUCUGCGAGGUCUUCAAAUACAACCGCCAGUCUGCAGAGUCCAAUCUCCGACACACCUGCAGGCGGAUUAUGGAUAUGGUGUCCAACCAGCACCCCUGGUUUGGAAUGGAGCAAGAGUACACUCUUCUGGGCACAGAUGGGCAUCCCUUUGGCUGGCCUUCCAACGGUUUCCCUGGGCCUCAAGGUCCAUACUAUUGUGGUGUAGGGGCAGACAAGGCCUAUGGCAGAGACAUUGUGGAGGCCCACUACCGAGCGUGCCUCUAUGCUGGGGUGAAGAUUGGAGGAACCAAUGCAGAAGUGAUGCCAGCCCAGUGGGAGUUCCAGGUGGGACCAUGCGAAGGGAUCGAGAUGGGGGAUCACCUCUGGAUUGCGCGCUUCAUCCUUCAUCGGGUGUGUGAAGACUUUGGUGUCAUUGUGUCCUUUGAUCCCAAACCCAUUCCUGGGAACUGGAACGGUGCUGGCUGCCACACCAACUUCAGCACCAAGAGCAUGAGGGAAGACGGAGGUCUCAAGCAUAUUGAAGAGGCCAUUGAGAAGCUGAGCAAGCGCCACCAGUACCACAUCCGUGCCUAUGACCCCAAAGGAGGGCUGGACAAUGCCAGGCGCCUGACGGGUUUCCACGAGACCUCCAACAUCAACGAGUUCUCUGCCGGCGUGGCCAACCGCGGCGCCAGCAUCCGCAUCCCCAGGAAUGUGGGCCACGAGAAGAAGGGCUACUUCGAGGACCGCCGACCCUCCGCCAACUGCGACCCCUACGCCGUGACGGAGGCCCUGGUCCGCACGUGUCUGCUCAACGAAACCGGGGACGAGCCUUUUGAGUACAAGAACUAAGCAGACUGCGCCCGCAGACGCCGCCCUCCCCCCGCGCUCCCCGCACCCCUAAACUUCCCUUCUAGAUGUAAUCCUGAGGGUACAAGAUAACACCUUUUGUGUCUCGGUAACUCUUGUUGUCUUGAGGUGGGGGAGGAGGGCAAACUUAGUUUUCUCGAUGUCUGUUUGUCAUUGACUCUUCAGAAGCCAAGAGGAGGAGAGGGCGUUAGAGAACUUUUAACCACUGUUUUAUUUUUUUUGUCUAAUUCAUGUGUACAUCUGAUGGGAUCCAGUGGCUUCCAGGGACACACUGCACACAAAAAGCCAGCAGGCGAGUGGAGAGCUUAAAACUAGAGCUGCCUUCCCCAGGUGCCAGCCAGGCACCGCUGACUCUUCUGUGAGCUGCUGGUCCUCUUAAGUCGGUGCCCUUCUGUGGAGAAGGGAAGACGAGAGGCUAUGAUGGAGCCCUCUUUGCUCCUGCCUGUGUGAUGGGGAGAUCUUCAGCCCCUGGCCACGCUGAGAAUCUUCUGGCAUUUGAGCUCAGCACGGGAGCAGCUGAGGAGAACUGGUUCUGUCACUGGAAGCCACAUGGUCUCUGGAUCAUAACAGAGUGAAGUAGUAUUUUUCUAUUUAAAUAUAAAAAAUCAAGAAAAAAAAUCUAUAUGAAAGUGGUUUUUGUUUAAGGAGAGCUGAAGGUCCAAUGACUCACCUGGCCAGAGCAGGCAGAGCUCCUGAGGAUGCUGCCAGAGGGCCUCCAGGUGGGACUGAGGGUGAGCUUGUAGGGCUCGGUGGAGGAGACUUGGAUGAGAUUUGUUUCAGUGUGGAGCUUGCAGGAGGUGGUUCCCAGGCCAGGGACGCCUGCAGCAGCGCUCCUUGCUGUAAGUCGAGCAGCAGCCACAGGCUCGGGAGCGUCUGGAUCGGCAGCAGGAAGGUGUCCUGGACUGGAAGUUGACAGGUCAACUUAGCCGUGUUCCGGGCAGAGCCGUGGUGCCCUGCCUUUGCCGUGGGGCUCGCAUGUCACUAAAGCAGGGCUUUGAUAAAGGAGAAAACAAAAGUUUUAGAUUUCCUAUUAUUUUUUUCACAAUGUUCUUAGUUCCUGAAGCAGGAAGGUUUUAGAGACUGCUGAUGGCACUGUUGUGUCCUGGCUCUUAGGCUGCUGAGAUGGGGGCUAGGGGAGGCCUCCCGGCCAGCCCUGCCACCUCCCGGCUCAUGCUGCUGGGUGCAGGGAGGUUUGCAAAGGUUGCAGGGUUUUACACUUGGGUAUCUUAGGCCGUGCCAGUUCUGUUCCUCUGCAUUUGGACUUCUUCCAAAUAGUUUUGUCUUUUUCUUUUUUGUAAUAAAAAAAGAGAAAAAAGAACAAAGCCUCAA